UAGCUAGGCGGCACCGGCAGGACGGCAGGCAGGCGGCAUCCAUCACCGGCAGGAAGGCAGACCUCCGAUGCACAGCAGCAGGUACCCAUCCCUGGCCUGCUGUGCUGUGCUGCAACUCAACCCCCCAUUUGCAGCAGCAGCAGCUAGGUACUAGGCAGAGGGAAGGCAGCGGCAUCCGUCACCGGCAGGCAGGCAGCAUCCACGUGCCAACGUGCUGCACAUCCUUCAUCCCUGCGUCCGGCCAGAGGAUGGCUGAGGCUGCCCUCGGCACGGCGCAAUGGGUGGUGGAGAAGGCGCUAGGCCCCGUUGCAGAUGGCUUGCUGGGGGACUUGGUCAGCCAGCAGCAACCUUGGCCUCAACAUUGAGGACCUCAGGAUGGAACUGUUGCUCGUCAAGGCCACGCUCCAACAAGCUGCCCGCAAGGAGAUAUGCGGUACGGCCAUGGAGGAGCUGCUGCAGAGGCUGCUGGACUCGGCACACAACGCCGAGGACUUGCUGGACGAGCUGGACUACUUCCGCAUCCACGACGAGCUAUAUCAUACAUACAAUGCUGCUGACCAGCACGGCAAGGGUUGCAUCUGCAACCUCGCCCUCAAUGCUCGACACACCGCCAAAGCUCUUGCCAAACAGCUGUUAUCCUUGUCCGCGUACUGCUUUGGUGCCAACACUGGUGGUGAUCACCGGCAGGGAGUUGCAAGACAACAUGUCAGUUGUUGUGCUUGGCCGGGUGGCAGGCAGAGACUACCUGGCGAUUCCUCCUCGCCGCCAAACGCCAAUCAGACUGGUCAGGAGCUCAGUGGAUGCAUGCCAAAGCUUAGUAAACUCCUCCCUUGCUCAUCUUCCCCGCAUCCACAUGUUCAUGGUGAUGAAGUUGGUGCCAAUGCGCAAGAAACACCAAUGCAUGAGUUUAAUAGGGUCGAUUUCUCUCAAAGGAUGAAGGGCACAGUAGAGCAACUAAAGCUUAUGCGCAAUGAGGUUACCAAGAUUCUGCAAGGUUGUGGCCCUAGAACCAUCCCAGACAUUGCCCAGAGCCGUCCCAUCACCAAAGGUCGAAUUGAUGAGCCAAAACUGUACGGGAGGGAGACUGUCAUGAAUAGCAUCAUACAUGAUAUCACCAAGGGUCAAUACUGUACCAAGGGUCUUACUGUGCUUCCGGUUGUUGUUGGUCCUGGGGGAAUGGGAAAGACAACUCUGAUACAACACAUAUAUCGCAACCAACAGGUGCAGAAUCAUUUUCCAGUCAGGAUUUGGAUGUGUGUGUCAUUCAAUUUCAAUCUGGAUAAGGUGCUAGAACAGAUUGAAGUAGGUACUCGUCCAGUUGAAAGUGAAAAGGAGGGCAGUACAAUUGAAGAGUUGAUUGAAGAAAGAUUGAAAUCUAAAAGGUUCUUACUUGUAUUGGAUGAUAUAUGGCAGAUUAGUGAUGUGGGUGACUGGGAAAAACUCCUGUCGAUACUCAACCAAUCACAAGAAAAGGGUUCCAUGGUUCUAGUCACAACUCGGUUUCGAGCAAUAGCACAGGUGGUUAAAACAACUGGCCAUUCAAUAGAACUGGAUGGUUUAAAUUCUGGAGAGUUUAGAAAGUUGUUUCUCACAUUUGUCUUUGGCGAUGAGCAAUGUCCAAGGGACAAACAUUUUCUGCUUGAGACCGGAGAUAAAAUAAUGGAAAAACUAAAGGGCUCCCCUCUUGCAGCAAGGACUGUUGGUAGAUUGCUAAGUAAAGACCAUAGUUUGGGGCAUUGGAAAAGGGUCCUAAACAGUAAAGAAUGGGAAAAGCAAACCAAUGGAAUUAUGUCUGCCUUGAGGCUUAGCUAUGACUUUCUCCCUUUCCAUCUGCAGCAAUGUUUUUCCUAUUCUGCAUUAGUUCCUGAAGAUAUAUAUCUCAGAAGCUAUGAUCUCAUCAGCCUGUGGAUCGGACUAGAUAUUUUGAUACCUAGUGAUCAAAAUCAAACAUUUGAAGAUAUAGGUUUGAGCAAUUUAAAUGAGUUAGUCAAUUAUGGAUUUUUCAAGGAAGAAGAAACUGAUGGUGGUCAGCGGUAUGUUAUGCAUGACCUACUACAUGAUUUGGCAAUGAAGGUUGCAUCGCAUGAUUGUCUUUGCUUAUGUCUCCCUAAUGUUGGAUCAGUGGUAAUUCAGCCACCCAGCCAUCACUUGUCUAUCAGCACACAUGACUUAGGCGAAUAUGAUGCAGUGUCAGGUGAAAAAUUAAGAAGUGAAUUGGAAGAACUGAAGACAAAAUUGAAGGUUGAACAUUUGCACACAUUGAUGUUAUUUGGUAAAGUGAAUGGAAGUUUUGCAAAGAUAUUUGGUGAUUUUCUUCGGGAAGCAAAUGCUCUUCGUGUUCUUUAUUUGCUUGACAUGAUGUAUCCCAUUGAGUCCAUGUUACAUAACUUUUCAAGACUUGUCCACCUACGAUGCCUAUGUCUAGGGACAUGUGACAGAGAGAUGCAUUUACCACUCAACAUCUCUAAAUUUUAUCAUUUAAGGGUUCUAGAUCUUGAGCCAUGGUGUGGGAGUUCUGAUUUGCCCAGAGACAUGAGCAAUCUUGCAAAACUGUGCCAUAUUCAUGCCCGAAGUGAUGGUGAGCUUCAUUCAGAUAUUUAUAAUGUGGGAAAACUUAAACUCUUAGAAGAGUUGAAGGUAUUUCGAGUCAAUAAAGAAAGUGAAGGAUUUGAACCAAAGCAACUAGAGCAUUUAAGCAAGCUAAGGGAGCUUGGCAUCUACAACCUUGAGAAGAUAGAUACUGUAGAAGAAGCAGCUCAAGCAAAACUGAUUGAGAAAAAAUACUUGAAGAGGUUAACAUUGAGCUGGGAUAGUGAGCGGUCUAGUGUUGAGGCUAGUGUUGAAGCAGCGGUUCUUGAGAGCCUUCAACCUCAUGGAGAUCUUGAAGUGUUGUGUAUUAGAGGACAUGGAGGUCUUUCUUCUUCAACAUGGCUGGCAGAGGAGUUCGCUGUUGAAGGUCUGCAAUCUCUUUAUCUGGAUGGUGUUUCUUGGGGAGUUUUCCCUUCUUUAGGGAAGGCGUGGGAUCUUCAUGAAUUAAGGUUGGAGAAUAUGGCCAGACCGAAGGAUUUUAUCAUAGAGAAAAGCUUUUGCAGGCUAACACAGCUUACACUCAUUGGCCUAGGAAGUUUUGAAAAAUGGCUUUACCCAGCUGAACAAGAGUCUUCCCUGGGUGAACCAGAUGCUCAUAUGUUCCCUCUUUUGCAAGUUCUGGUUAUUAGAGAGUGCCCGAAACUCUUGGGGUUGCCUUUCUCAAACCACAUUGUUUCCCCAGAUUGGUUCCCCAAGCUACAAGAGCUUGAGGUACGCAACUGUCCCGAAUUCUUGCCAUUGAUUCCCAUCUCCUGGAUCGAAAGUAAGCGUUUUAUUACUGUGAAAUGUGUAAAGAUGCUAAGGGAGUUUGCAUACUCAAAAUCAUACAAUGGAGUACAAUUGAAGAUUAUUGGAGAGGCCGAUUUGCAUAGCAUAGACCAAGUGUUAGUUUUUGAUAAAGAACUAACACUUCUGGAGUGCCCACCUCUGGAGUUGAAGCACCUUCUGAUGCUAACCUCGCUGAGGACAUUGAUUGUACAAAAUUCAGUUGGACUAGUUGGACCACUACGAAGAGGUCAGGGUGAUGUGGCAUGGCAGCUCCCUGUUGAGGAUAUCUCUAUGCAGAACUUAAAUGGUAAUAGUGGAGAGGAACUGACAGAGCUCCUCCCCCACCUCCCAAAGCUCUCCAAAUUGGAUAUAUGGAAGUGUAAAAAUAUAAAAAAGCUGGUAGUGGGGGUGGACGUGCAACAAACAACACAAGAAGCAUCAGAGAUGGGGGGAGGUGAAAUAACAGCAGCAGAAGAAGAAGAGGAUGAUGGGGUGCUGCUCUUCCCAGCUCAUCUUUGUGACUCACUACGGGAAUUGGAGUUGAGUCACUGCUCACCAACUCUUGUUCCUGGUGGAGGAGGACUCCAAGCUUUGCGAUCCCUCCAUAGAUUAACAAUACGGUGGUCCCCAAAGUUUCUAUCCACCUCCUUUUCCCGUCACCAUUUUCCUUCCUCCCUACAGUUCCUGUACCUUGCAGGUGUGGAAGGCAUGGGGAUACUGGAGCCCCUCUCAAACCUGUCCUCUCUCACCAGAUUAGUAUUGAAACAUUGUGGAGAGGAUCUGAAAUGUCAGGGCUUGUGGUCUCUCCUUACCACCGGGGGCCAGCUCAACGAAUUAGUGGUCAGGGGUAGCCCUAGAUUCUUUGCUGAUUGGGAUCCCAAUCCCAGACGGGCUUUGGGGGAUGCUGAGGGAGGUGAAGAGCAACAGACACAACUUGUUUCGUCCACACUGCAGGAGCUCGAGAUUGAUGACAUCUUGGGACUACUUACUGCACCCAUCUGCAGCUUCCUCUCUUCCUCCCUCACCAAGCUGGAACUUCAUGGGGAUGGGCCUGAAGGGAUGGAGCGCUUCAGCAAGGAGCAAGAGGACGCCCUUCAGCUCCUCUCCUCCCUCCAGCAACUCGUGUUUUGCAAUUUCAGGGACCUUCAACAACUCCCUGCAGUGCUGCGUAACCUUACCAGCCUCAAGAAAUUAUUUAUCAACGGCUGCCCAACAGUCUCGUCGUUGCCCAACGAUGGCCUCCCUGAAUCACUGCAAGAGCUAUAUGUCGGAUACAACUGCAGCCAGGAGCUAAAACAGCAGUGCAGGGGGUUGAAGGGAGCCAUCCCCAAAGUAUAUGCUGAUUCCGAGGAUAAUGACUUGGAGUUCCUUCAUGCAGUACUUAAAUCUUGUCUUCCUUUCUGUACUUAAAUCUGGCGGAGCCAUUACAUGCAAAUUAGCUGCAGGAACCUUCAUUAGGGGUGUCCACACCAAUAUCAGUUAUAUACACUUCAACUUAUACUCAGCACAAAAAAAAAAUCCAGUCUUACUCGUGCCAUAUCAGAUUACCAUUUUAUUCUUCUCAAAGGUGUUUGUUCGAUCAUAUAGGCUUCUUCAUAUCUUGCAUUUAUAUUUGGGUUAUUGUUAUUCAUCAAGACGUGGCAGUCUACUCCCCUGUUUUGGGUGUCACGAUCAAAAUAGCAGUAGGACAUCAGUAUGGAAUAAAUGAGCCUUCAGGGCAAGCUACUGAUAUUAAGGUGUUCUUAUGUUUGGUGGGCUUUGAAGCCACUUGUGUUUACAUUUUGUCCAAAACUCAUGAAGACUGAAGGUAUGCCUGGAAAAUCAUCAGUUUUAGGGAUCAAAGGAUCAUCUGGCAUAAUUAUGAAAAACAGUGAAUUGUCAGUGUUUUGCUUCUGAUCAUGUGUGCAGUUUUCCAUCCAGACAAACAAGCCAUAAGUGAAUGGCUUAUUGUUAUUAUUUCCUUAAGCCCCAAAUACUAGAAGAUGCAGCUUAUUAACGAAAGCUUGCACUGCAAAGGUGUGACGACUUACUGGAGAAGGACCGCUAUACACCUUCUCGAUGACUCCAGCGCUGCAGAGGUUCAUUCAUGUGAGGAACAACCAGAUCUGAAGAAAUUGACGCUUGUCAUGUUGUUAACUGAAGAAAUGGACACCCAGCGGUUGGCGCCAAACUGGGCCAUCGUCGACCAUCCGAUCUUCAUCUAGCGACAACCUACCGCAUCAGAAGACACUUGCCAUGCUGUUAAACUGAAGAAAUGGACACCCAGCGGUAGGCACCAAACCGGGCCAUCGUCGACCGUCCGAUCUUUAUCUAACGACAACCUACCACUUCAGAAGACACUUGUCAUGUUGUUAACUGAAGAAAUCAACAAGCGGUUGGCGCCAAACCAGGCACAUUAAUUGUUGACCAACCGACCUUCAUCUAAUGACAACUUACUGCCUCGCCCUGAGUUACGACACACCGCCACCCUUGAUCGCGCAUCCAACAAAACAGCUCUGAAGACUGGAGCUGUCGCAAUUUGAAUUACCUUCUGCUGCCUCCUUGUUGACCUGCCUUACUUUAGCAUUAAAAGUUUAUCCUUUCCAGUGGUUGUAAUGGGUAUAAAACCCCGGAUCUGAGAGCCCUGGGGCUCAUCUUCCUGAACUUGGCGUAAACCCUGCGCUAGCAUAAACGCCGGUCCUCUAUUCGCUAUAUAUUGUUUC